AUGCGCAGGAACUUUCCAUGGUCCCCCAUCACUCUUGUUCAUUUGCCCGACGACGACGAACCAGAACCGUCCAUGGACCAACCAAUGAACCUCAGGAGUCCGCACCGACCGAUCAGGGUCGGAGUCAUCUUGGUGAACUCGAAGACAGAGAUUCUUGACGUAGCUCCUGUCGACAUCUUCUCCGCCCUCUCAAAAGAGUUCCUCCACAACUACCCAGCGCACAUGAUCUCCGACGCAAGGAAAGAACAAGCCUUGGAAUGUGAAUUCCACUGGGUCACCGAGACGGGCAGGCCUGGCAGGCUGACCGCAGGAGCUGUCGUUCAGGCCACCCAUAGCUUUAUCACAUGCCCGCCCUUGGAUAUCGCCCUGAUGGGCGCACACGACUCGACGUAUGCAUUGAGCCGAGCAGAGAUCGAUUUCGUCAAGAAGACUCACGACGGCUGCUUGGCGUUUCUCUUCGUAUGUGGUGGCUUCCAGGCAGCAUUGCAGUCCGGUUUGCUUGAAGACAAGACCGCCACCGCUCCACGGCCGAUGAUCGAAUGGCUUCGCAGGAACAACUCUGAGGUAGACUGGGUGACAAGGCGCUGGGCUCGGGAUGGAAAGGUCUGGACCAGCGGAGCGUUGCUUAAUGGGAUUGAUAUGACGAAGGCGUUUGUCGAAGAGAUCUGGGGUGGCCCAGGCACGUUGGCGGAUUUCAGCCUGCGUUCGGGUGGUUAUCCAGACAGAGACGUCAAUUAUGCCGACGUUCAAGGCGAGCUGUAG